UGAGCAAUAUUUCUUAUAUUCUUUUUACCCUGCGGCAUUUGUUCAUUUAGUUUCUGAUCAUAUUCUUUGUUUGUUUUUGUGCGUUCUGUCUGUUGUUUUGACGUUGGCAGUCUUAUCUUUUGAUGAUGGAUGUAGUCUUUCUCCAAUGGUCCUGCUGUCUUUGCCGAUUCUCCCAUUUUAAAAUUAGGGGGCCUUAUCACCAAUUUGUCCUCAACCCACUUUUUUCUUACUUUUUUAUUUGUGGGACUGUUUUUCUGAUGAGUAUGUACUGGGCUUGGGUUUGUUAAAUUUGUGUCUAUUCUUAAUACACAAUUCUUCAGUGAAUUAUUAUUUUUAUUUAUUUCGUCAUUGUUUUUAAAUUCAAUAUUUUCUAUUAAUUUUAUUUUCGCCUUUUCAAUAUUAUGAUAAUUUCUUAUUAAUGUUUUCGCGAUUAAUUUACCCGUUUGUAAAUCCAGGAAUAAUGGAAGGCUUUUCAGGGUUUCUCUUCCAAUAAUUACAUCAUAUUUUCCUGUUUUACUAAUUUCAUUUUCUAAUAUUACAAUCUUCGUUAAAAUUUCACAACCCGCUAUUUGAAAAAU